AUGGAAGCGAUGGAACCUGGGCAGGUGGAUAUUCUUCGACGGGAAUCUGAAGCCUCAGAUAAACUCGAGAGUUUUAUGUUGACGCAUUCGGUCCGUGGAGGAACGGGCAGUGAAUUAGGCUCGCGGUUGUUGGAGCAUCUUAACGAAGAGUAGGUUUUUUAUUACCUAAAAAUGACAUUUCUGUCGUAAUAUGACAUUUGUUACCUAAAAAUGACAUUUUUUGACUUAAAUUGACAUUUUUCAGUGUCAUUUUUUGUCAUAUAAAAGUGCAAAAAUGACAUUUCUAAUUUGACCUCAUUUCAGAUAUUUCAAGAAGAUGGUACAAACCUAUUCUGUCUUCCCAGUAAAAGGCGAAUCGAACGUCGUAGUGGAGCCAUAA